GACAGGAAAAUUCUUUUUCGGUUUCAGCAUUUUAUGAGCUUAGUCACAUUGAUAAGCUCUCGCUGAACAUUUGAUAUCACUCAUCUAGAUUCUUCAUUGCCAAGCAUAAAUCUUCUAAAAUGCCGUCUGAAGCAGCAAAGCGAAGAAAGGAGAAGAAAAAAGCCCAGGGAAAGGGGAAAUCGGCAAAUGCAGCUACUUCGGUCUCCAAUGGCGUCUCGCAAGAAGUUACCUCGUGUAUGGAAAAUUUGUCAGUCUCUAGUCGUGCGUGUACUGGUGUGCUGGCCUCCCAUCCAGAGGCAAGGGACCUACACAUUCAUCAAUUCUCCAUAACAUUCCAUGGUGCAGAGUUGCUGGCGGACACAAAAUUGGAAAUAAACUGUGGCAGGAGAUACGGCCUAAUUGGGAGCAAUGGCUGCGGUAAAUCAACUCUUCUAUCUGUUAUUGGACACAGGGAAAUCCCUAUACCAAACCACUUUGAUAUUUAUCAUCUCAAAAGUGAGAUUGAAGCAAGUGAUAAAACAGCACUGCAGUGUGUCAUGGAAGUAAAUGAAGAGAGAUUAAGACUGGAGAAGGAAGCAGAAGAGUUAGCUCAUUAUGGUGAUGAUGGGCCUGAACAUGAAAGGUUGCUUGAGGUAUAUGAACGUCUAGAGGAAUUAGAUAGCAGCUCUGCUGAAGUUACUGCUGCAAGACUCUUGCAUGGUCUUGGCUUCACACCAAGCAUGCAGAUUAAGAAAACAAAGGACUUCUCUGGAGGAUGGAGGAUGAGGAUCGCGUUAGCAAGGGCAUUGUUUGUGAGACCAUCUAUACUCUUGCUGGAUGAACCGACAAACCAUUUAGAUUUGGAUGCUUGUGUGUGGCUGGAAGAAGAGCUGAAAACAUACAAGAGGAUUCUCAUUCUUGUAUCACAUUCGCAAGAUUUUCUAAAUGGAGUGUGUACAAAUAUUAUACAUUUCACGCAAUCAAAGCUAAUCUAUUAUGGGGGUAAUUAUGAUACAUUCGUGAAGACAAAAGGAGAAAUGGAAGAGCACCAAAUGAAGCAGUAUAAAAAGCAGCAAGAUGAGAUAGCUCAUAUGAAAGAUUAUAUUGCAAGGUUUGGGCAUGGUAGUGCUAAGCUAGCUAGGCAAGCACAGAGUAAAGAGAAGACUUUAAACAGGAUGGUCGAAAAUGGACUCACCGAGAAAGUUGUAGCUGAAAAGGGAAUUUCAUUUUAUUUUCCUGACUGUGGAAAAUUGCCACCACCGGUAUUGCAGGUACAACACGUGAGCUUUCGCUAUGGACCAGAUAAGCCAUUUAUUUACAAAAAUUUAGAUUUCGGAAUGGAUCUAGAUACCAGAGUGGCCCUUGUUGGACCAAAUGGUGCUGGCAAAUCGACAUUGUUGAAACUGCUUAUCGGUGACUUGUCUCCCUCGGAUGGUUUGGUACGGAAACAUAAUCAUCUAAAAUUUGGAAGGUAUCACCAGCAUCUACAAGAUAUUCUCGAUAUGGACAUGUCUGCAAUGAAUUGGAUAAUGAAAUGCUUUCCCGAGCAAAGAGAGGAGGAAAUGAUGCGAAAAUUCCUCGGAAGGUAUGGGUUAACUGGAAAGCAACAGAUUUGCCCUAUUCGGAAUCUGUCGGACGGACAACGAAGUCGUAUCAUAUUCGCGUGGCUUGCAUUCCAAUGCCCACAUAUGUUGUUGCUAGACGAACCGACAAAUCACUUGGACAUAGAGACGAUCGACGCCUUGGCUGAUGCUAUAAAUGAAUUCGAUGGUGGCAUGGUUCUGGUUAGCCACGACUUCAGGCUUAUAAUGCAGGUUGCCAAGGAGAUAUGGAUCUGCGAAAACCAGACAGUAACGCCAUGGAAUGGUGAUAUAUUCUCUUACAAGCAAGACCUGAAAAAGAAAAUAAUCAAAAGCUAGGAAAACGGACUGUCAUUUCAUUGUCAUUUCGUGUCUGUAAAUACGUAUUUAUUGUGUAUUUGCAUUCGA